CAGCAGGCGGCCGCUCUAGCCGCGCACCCGGAAGCGGCGGCGGGGCCGCGCCAUGGCGGGGACGGCGCUGAAGCGGCUCAUGGCCGAGUACAAGCAGCUGACCCUGAACCCACCAGAAGGGAUUGUGGCAGGUCCCAUGAAUGAAGAGAACUUCUUCGAAUGGGAAGCCCUGAUCAUGGGUCCUGAGGACACGUGUUUCGAGUAUGGGGUUUUCCCUGCUAUCCUGAGUUUCCCGCUCGAUUACCCACUGAGCCCUCCGAAGAUGAGGUUCACGUGCGAGAUGUUCCAUCCCAACAUUUACCCAGAUGGGAGAGUCUGCAUUUCCAUCCUUCACGCUCCUGGGGAUGAUCCCAUGGGAUAUGAGAGCAGCGCGGAGCGGUGGAGUCCGGUGCAGAGYGUGGAGAAGAUCCUCUUGUCGGUUGUUAGCAUGUUGGCAGAGCCAAAUGAUGAAAGUGGAGCCAAUGUAGAUGCCUCCAAGAUGUGGCGGGAAGACAGAGAACAAUUUAACAAAAUUGCCAAGCAGAUUGUGCAGAAGUCACUUGGACUUUAGGCUCACAGAGAGACUGAAGUAUUUUGUAUUUCUCUCCACCUGGAAACGAGCAGUGCUCAGUGCUGGUACCAAAAAAGGAAAACUUYGUACAACUAUUGGCCUAGUUCUUAUAAAUUGUUAUUUAUUUACCAUCUCUUUUCUUCCACUGCUCCAGAGAAGCCUCUAGUUCACUCACUAAAUUGUGUAGAAAAGGGAUUUAAUGGUAGAGAAAAAUACAGAGGCAAAGGGAUUUAAUGGUAGAGAAAAAUACAGAGGCAAUGCUGUUUUGCAAAGGCUGCUUGUUGCUACCUCACUUUGUGGUGUGGGAAGACUUGGAGACCUGGCAAUCUGCAGCCCUCCUCACCCAUCUGCUGUUGGAGAACAGUGCUGGUUUGGAUCAUCUGCUGGAAGAAUUAGUCGUGUUUUUGUAGGUAGCAUUGCAUCUGGAGCAGCAGUAGGCAGGAAAUAAUCUGUCCAUUCUAUGAUACUUGUUAGGUUACGGGCAAUAUUUGCAGUCAGAUCUGAUUUGAAGAGUAUAGUUAGGAGAGGCUGUAAAGCAGGAUUAUCAUCAGAGUGUGUUAGCAAAGAAAGAAACUUUAGGGAGUGAGCUGGGGGUCUGGAAUGGGCUGGUGUUCCCAUGUGACACUGUGAGUUUGUACUGAGCCUUUGAAUCAGUGUUGGCUUGGCAGAAAUCCUGAGAGCUGCUUUAUUACUCCUUGAAGACACUCAGUUGUAAACUACACUCAGUUAGAGGCACAAGGUGUGAAGGCUGGAUUGUUGAACGCUUUGGUCCAAGUUCAACUGGGCGAGUUGGAAAAUCCAGUGAGGAUGUGUCUGCUCUGCUGGGGACAUAAAUAUCUCUGCACGAAUAUCAGCUCGCUCUGGUGGCAUUGAGUGUUGAGAGCAUUUGGCACUGCUUUGCCAUGACAGCCCAGCUCAYCUGUUUUCAGGGGGAUGAGUCAAGAUGAGCAUGAUGGACUUGUUAAAAUUCCCUGUGACACUCUACACCGAGUGCUGGUGUAUGAAAUAGGAGCCAGAGCAGCUCGGGGAUGGUACGGUGCGUGUUUUGGACUGUGGUGUUGUAGCUGGUGUGAAGCGUGCAGGAAACACCAGCUGGUCACUUCCUAAAACUGCUGAGGAGCUCUGCUGACCUUUCUGCUUUGCAAGCCAAUCUCAUGWGUAGGUCCAGACUUCUCCCAUUUACUACAAGCAAUAACAUGCCCACUGAUAGCACGUGGAAUCCGAUUUUGUUGGCAGCUUUAAACGGGCUAAAUUUGACAAGGGCUGGUUUGUUUUUUUCAAUGUGAAAGGCUUGUGACGUGGAAGGAGUGGCACCGUGGAGAAAGCUUUACACAGGUGAUGGUGUGCAUGUGCCUGGUCCAACCCAUCAGCGUUUGUGUCUUGCUGUGUGUGCUGCAGAUCGCCCUUCACCAUCGUUCUGCACCUCUGAAGAGCUCUGUUGCUACAACCUGCUGAUUUUACCUCCUUGUAGAAGUAAUUGUGGCUUUGAUGUAAGGGUGGGAGUGGGACUGGACGUAGCUUGGGAGCAGAGAUGAUGAAAUAGUGUUGUACCUAACUAGUAUUUCAAGGCAUACAGGAAAAUGUAGCACUUUACGCAAACUGGGAGUGUUUUUUGAAUUGGACUAGAGGGAGGAUUGCUCCUGGGAGUGCUGCAGCCACUUUUGGGAACAACAGUGGAGAGCUGUGAGAGCCACUGCAGCAACACAGGGCAAAAGUGGGGUUUGCUUAAGUGCAGAGUGUUUUAUUCAUGUGUGCUUGCUCAUUAUCUUGAUUUUAUGGUGGGAUUUAGUCUGUAUACUGAAAAUAAAGUGAUUAUAUUUUCUCCUUUCAUACUUGUACACAAAUGUAUCGCAGUGGGUGUUGUAUGUGGGUAACCACCCAGCCAGGAGACUUGCUCCAAAGCAGUGGAAAGGUUUAUUCUACCUCAGCUAAAACAUGGGAUACUUGGGAAGGAGUGGAAGAGCUGGCACAGUUGCAUGGACUUUCCAGGCCAAUGUCUUGUCUCUAAUGCUGGCAGUGGCUGGGUAAUUCAAAGAAGACUAUAAAAAUCUGACAGCGGGCAGUUCUGGUGUAGUUUGCUCCUUACAAACGUUGUUAUAUCCAGGUGUCUGCCCCAGGAAAUUCUCAUGAACAUAAAACAGGUGGAUUCAUCCAGAACAUGCUGAUAGCAGCACUUGGAUUUGAGAAGGACACAGAUCACAGCAGAAUCACAAAAUUGUUUGGAUGGGAAGGGACCUUAAAGACCGUCAGUUCCAACCCCAUGUCAUGRACAAAGACUCCUUCCACUUGACCARGUUUCUCAGAUGUCCAGUUCCUACUCAGAAUUUCCAUAGACCCCAAAUCUCUGUUCAGAAAUAAAAAUCCUUUCUUUUUAAGUGACUGUCAUGCAGUGGGCUUGCUGAUGGGCAUUUGAAGCCACUCAGUGAYCACGUCUACCUUGCAGUCUUGAAGGUGACAAAAUGUAGGCAGAAGUUCAGYUCAGGACUAAAGCUUGGUGUCAGGGUGACAACUGUUCUGCUUGGUGGCUGUUUACUCUGCUGGAGUGGUGAGCAUUUGUGUUCAUCAAAAGGAAUUUGUUGUGUUCAUUUAGGAAGAAAUUCUUCUCUGUCAGGGUGGYGAGGCCCUGGCACAGGGUGCCCAGAGAAGCUGUGGCUGCCCCUGGAUCCCUGGCAGUGUCCAAGGCCAGGCUGGACAUUGGGGCUGGGAGUACCCUGGGACAGUGGAAGGUGUCCCUGCUCUUGGCAAGGGGUGGAAUGGGAUGAGCUUUAAGGUCCCUUCCAACCCAAACCAUUAUGRGAUUCUACGGAAGUUUUAAAGGUGGCAGUGUGGUUGGCAUGUUAGAUUCCCUGUUUCUAUUUGCAAGAAAGAAUUAAAACUUCAUUAUUCUCCAACAAACUGAAUCCUGAAGCAGGAGGAUUCCACUUGUACGGGGGAGGUGUGUGGGCUCCUUCUGUGAGAGUCUCAUGGCACAGGCACCUUGGGGAGCACCUGAAAUUUAAAGCUUGUAAAACUGCCAUGUGGCUCCUGGGAUAGACUUCCCUGACAGAUUUAAUUGUGUCACUUUGUGAAUGAACACUCGUGUUGGCAGGAUGUGCAGUGCUGGCUGGUAGCAAUGCUUUUCUGAGCAGUCUUUUUUCAGCCUGAAACACUUAUUGCAAAAAAUGUACUUUGGGGAAUGUCAGAGCUCUACAGGUGUUAUGCAUGUAGGUAAAGUAUUAAAGAUCUUUUUAAAAUCCUUU